AAAAUUAAUCCCACAUGAAGUAGAGCGAUGCCAGAUCUGAACCGGCAACGUCGCAUCGUUAUAAAGCAACUGGAUGAAACUGGAAGGAUCGCAUUGCUCAGUUGGCCGGCGUCGGUUUGUUGAGCCCCAGCCAUGGUCAGGGUGGCAAGGGCACCGCAUCCCUUGCUCUUGGUGGUGAUGAUCUUGACUAUGGUUGCUGCUAUCCCGAAUGCCGUUAUGGCAAUCGAUUUGAGUCGACUCUACGGUCACAUCAGUUCGAAACGAGGAGACGCAUGUCAUCCCUACGAGCCGUUUAAAUGCCCGGGGGAUGGAAAUUGCAUAUCCAUUCAAUAUUUAUGUGACGGCGCUCCUGACUGUCCGGACGGUUACGACGAAGAUUCCCGUCUUUGUACUGCCGCGAAAAGGCCUCCGGUUGAAGAAACGGGCAGUUUCCUGAAGUCAUUGCUAGCUAGUCAUGGACCCAAUUACCUAGAGAAAUUGUUCGGUAGCAAAGCGAGAGACGCGCUCAAGCCUUUGGGAGGCGUGGACAAAGUAGCGAUUGCCCUAUCCGAGUCGCAAACGAUCGAAGAUUUUGGAGCUGCGUUGCAUCUGAUGCGAUCGGAUUUAGAGCAUCUGCGUUCGGUGUUCAUGGCGGUAGAAAAUGGCGACUUGGGGAUGUUAAAAUCGUUAGGUAUCAAAGAUUCCGAGCUGGGAGACGUGAAAUUCUUUUUGGAAAAAUUGGUAAAUACGGGAUUUUUAGACUGAACUAUGCCGGACCGCGCUGCUAUUUUUUUUGCACAUCCACAGCCGCACUUGCGGUUGAGCAAGUCGUUUUAUUCUUAUCUUCCCAACUAAAUGUUAUCCGGCGAUUGAUAUAAAUAUAUAUGCGCGUGCCAGCAGCGUCAGUUUCGAAGUAUCCGUCCCUUGUUGCGUUCUAUCUAUCUCUCCGCUGUGAGUUUUUUCUGGAAAUCCUGGACAAAGUGUUUAUAUACAUACAUAUCAAAGCCCGGUCGGGAAGCAAGCUUUCCCCGGGGCAAUAUUAACGUUGCAUAUCAUUCUAGUCGUAUUAUUAAAUAUUAAGGUGCAAUUAAUUGUGAUCACAUUUUUACAUUUAACGUUAAUUUUUAUCGUAUACAAUAUAUCGAUAACUGUGUGAUCACCUUCAUCAAUGUAAACGUAUAAAUGACUCCCAAAACAAUUAAAGUGGCACUAAAACUUCUAGACACUAAUCGAACGACGAUAAGGAGACGCAAAAGUGCGAGGGUUUUUGUUACGAAUUGUGCAGGGUAACGAAAUGUUUGCACAUUUGCCGUUUUAUCGAAAUGUAUGGAAAGUAUAUGGUUGUAGUGCCAUCAAACAAAAAGCGAAGCGAGUUGUGUUACAUUAACUUCCGUAGGGCCUAAAGUUGGUAUUUCACAACCUAUCGUGUUUCUCUGGCAACAUAUUAUUGUGAUCUUUGUAUAUAGCGACGGAACGACGAGGGACAUGUCUUCUGUUAAGAUAACGACCUGACACUUACCAUCUCAUUAACGAGUUAUGUCCCUUGUCGUUAUGUUUCUUAUCAACCUAGCACAAUCACAAAAUACCGCACACAGGAACUAUUAGAUUAUAAGCAAAAAGGAAGUAUGCGCGAUUGUUCUUUUUACCCCGGAGUCUUUUCGGUCCUAAUAUAAACCCAAGAUUCCAAAAUUCGUCUCGAUUAGACUUUUUUCCACGCGAUCAGUGUACAUAUCCACAUGUCAUUAGGCACUUUUAUGCAUAAUCGAUGUCUUUGUGUGAAUCAUUGUAAAAAUACACUUCAAAAAGUCUAAUUCUGCAAAAAAAUAUUUAUUAUAAUUUAUUCGAAAAAAAAAAUGCAUACACUUAUUAGAACCGAAAAUAUUCGGCGUUUAUCAAAACGAUCGCGCAUAUUCAAAAAUAAUAAAUAUACAAAUAUCUAUUUUCGACUACUAGGGGAGUAAAAUAAAAUUAUAUUUGGCGCGUGAUUUAGCACAAAUCUAUCUACCCACUUAACGAAACGAACGAAGGUACUACAUCAAUUGUUACAAAUAUAUUUUAAAGAGAAGGCUGGGUUUUUAUGUGAACAUAUCACGAAACUUUUUUAUUGUAUAGUCAUAAUUAUUUAUUGAUCGUGUGAAAUUUCUAAUUAAAUAAAUAUAUAUCUAA